CAAUAUUCUUCCCUGAAGUUCUCUGCCUGUUCAAAUUUCUUACGAGCUCUGUUUUUUUUUUCUGGAACCAACAAGAAUGGUGGGUACUUGCAGUCAAUUGCUAGGCAGAAAGAUGGGUGGAUGCAAUGUAGUUAAUAUCGGAUAUCGGUUCAUCUCGGCCGGCACCGAUACACUGAUGGCAGACGCACCAGCGAUGGCACGAUCGAUGCCUUUCCCCCUCUCUCCCUAUUCCCAUGUAUGUGAUCUCCACGAGGAGGGUAAAUGGUACAUACCACUUAUUGUAGGCGUGGCCAUUUUCGUCUUAUUUUGCCUUCUCGUAUACGCCUUGUAUAGGACUACUCGGCCACCAGUACUUGUAGGAGUACCACCAGUCGAUGGCGCUGCAGCAGGAGGUGUUGGAGGCGGGUUAGGAGUACCACCAGUUGGUGGCGCUGCAGCAGGAGGAGGUGUUGGAGGCGAGGUGCAGCUUCCAGAGGUUCAGGCUGUUAGAUGGACACUAGUCGGACAGGGUGAGGACGUAGUUAGAUGAUGCUUAUAUGAUGACCUGUUUAGAGGCCCAACACCAGUCCAGAAGGCUCAACCUCACAAUUUGGAAGUACUCUGUCCUCUUUUGCAAAAUCUAUGUAGUUUUUUCAUCUUUGGGGAUGUCCAAAAUUCGGUGUUUGCCAAUAAGACUAAAUCAUCAUCACUCUUGAGACUCUUAUAUUUUAUGGAUAUGUAAGUUAUUUACUAACUAUCACUUCGGAAAAAAGUCGUCAUUGAACACAAUUUGAUGCAUGUUGGAUGAACUUCUACCGCAAAUUGCAUCUCAGAGAUAACUUGCCUUCCCUGCAUUUCAAUGUAUAACUCUAGUACUCGCAAAUAAGAUCUGAAUUCAACUGUCAUUAUUUGGCAGCAUAUAUGGAAUCAAGUAGUAUACACACUUUUUGCAUUCCUGAGUAUGCGCCUCCAGGACUGAAGCUUCAGCUGUAACUUGCGCCAGGGCUUGUUGGUGGGAGAUUCCAACGAGUCCCUAUGAACAUUCAGUGAGACGAAGAACUAUUAGAGUAAAUAGCUUACCAUAAUCUCCUUCAGUAUACUCUGGUGAGCCAUGCCAAAGAAGUAACACAAACAGCAAAUCAAAACACA